GCAACCCAUAGACCAAGAGACCCAAAACCCCUCUACGCCUUGAAAACAGUUCAUAACUGUCGGCAGAGCUUUGGGUUCACUGUUGACCAAAACCAGUUUGAAGUUGGUGACGCAGCCGACAAGACCCACUCAAGCUCAGCGCACAAUGCAGCUCCUCCUCCGUCAUGGCUCUGGGCUUCUGCUGGUCCUCCUGGUGGCCAAUUGUUUGGGGCGGCUUGUCGCCUCCGCUCAAGUUCAGCACCCGGUGGGGACGCACACGGUAUGGCUCCCAGCCAUCGCCACCUGGUACGGCAGCCCCGAAGGAGACGGCAGCGACGGCGGAGCAUGUGGGUACGGGUCGAUGGUGGACGUGAAGCCGUUGAGGGCGAGGGUGGGAGCAGUGAACCCGGUGCUGUUCAAGAACGGCGAGGGGUGCGGGGCGUGCUACAAAGUGAAGUGCCUGGACAAGAGCAUAUGCUCGAGAAGAGCGGUGACGAUAAUCGUGACGGACGAGUGCCCCGGUUGCUCCAAGGAUAGGACCCAAUUCGAUCUCAGCGGCGCCGCCUUCGGACGCAUGGCUGUGGCCGGUGAAGGUGGCUUGCUCAGAAACCGAGGCGAACUCUCAGUCCUUUACCGACGGACACCAUGUAAAUAUCCAGGGAGGCAGGUGGCCUUCCAUGUAAAUGAAGGUUCAACGAAUUUUUGGCUAUCCCUUCUGGUAGAGUUUGAGGAUGGAGAUGGAGACGUUGGAUCAAUGCAUAUAAGACCAGCAAGUUCUAGUGAGUGGAUACAGAUGAACCAUGUAUGGGGUGCUAAUUGGUGCAUAAAUGGAGGACCCUUAAACGGGCCUUUCUCAGUGAAGAUAACGACGCUCUCAACAGCCAAAACUCUCUCUGCCAGAGAUGUGAUUCCAAGCAAUUGGUCUCCAAAAGCCACUUACACUUCUCGCCUAAAUUUCCACUCCUAGCUAACUAAUGGCAACAGCACUUUCGCAGAGGUGUGGUCUUGGACAAAGAGGUCAAGAUGUAGAAGCACUUUUUUUAAGUAAGCACUUUCUAGUCCCACAGAAAAGGGCUUGUCCCCAUGACCCAAAAGUAGCCGUUGGAUUGCACUAAUUAUAAUGGCAUCCAAUGCUCUUUCGUUUUUUCUUUUUCUACUUUGUACUGUUCAACUGGUUUUGUUUGUAGAUGUGCACUACUGAUGAGGUGUAGCCCUCUCCAAAAGGAGAGAGAGCGUGUGUACUUUGCUUCACUAAUGCUAUGUAAGUUGUGGGCCCAAUGGGUUUUUAAUGAAUCUAAACCGUUGGAUUGCUGUCUAA